AUGAAAGCAUUUCGGCGACAAGUAGAUGAAUGCCACCCUUUGAUUCCAGGAUACACAGGCUAUAUCCCCUUUAGGUUCUACCGAAUUGGAAGUAGUUUUGGAAAUGAUUCUGUGUGGUGUGUGAAUGCAUUUCGUGAUGCUACUCAGAGAAAAACUGACCAAGCAAAUGAGCUGAGAUGUCUAGCGGCAACGGCACCUCAGCUACCACCUCUUUGCUCCAAUGAAGAUAUAAUAAAUGUGCUUGAUGACUAUAAUUACAAACGUCAUCCCAAUGUGCUAGGGCCUGUGGAAACAAGAAGAGGUCUGCUUGAGCCACCGAUGCCGGGUUGGACGGGCUUUGUGCCCCGAUCAAAGGUCACAGAACAUGGUCAUGGAGUGCGCUACCAUGUGAUGGCAGAAAAUUGUUAUAAAGAUUUUAAAGACUGUUUGGACAGAGUCAGCCACGAGCAUCCCGCCAAGGAGCCAGUGGAUGUGCAUGUACCCAAACCCAAAGAAUUACGCCCACACCAGAGAUUCUACAGACCUGAAGGGAUGCUGCCUAAGUAUACUGGUCAUAUACCACAUGAGCGUUCUGGCAUUGGAAAGACCUUUGGCAAUGUGUGCAGAAGCUGUUCUGUGUGUAACCAUCCUGAUGUGAACUAUGGGGCCUAUCUUGCCAAGAAACGUAAGGCUGAGAAGCUUCAAGAGCAGAUCAAGGAAGACAAGAAAGACUUAACUGCAUAA